AUGGCCUGUCCAAAUGGUUCUGUGCCAUUGAUUCUACCUUGGACGAACAACUCAGUUGCCACAGCCGGCACAAUCUUAUCCAGGGGCAUCUCUUUCUCCGUUGGCACUCCUCCACAACCGUUCUCUCUGACGCCUUCGACACUUUCGAACAACAUAUUCUUGAACAGUGCAGCGGAAUGCGUAGCGGCUACAAACAGCAGCUGCUUCGGUCAGCUUGGUGGUAUAUAUGACAGUGCUACCUCGACGUCAUUCGCACAGGUUGAUUAUUCGAUUUGGGGAGGCAGUAGAGAUACUGUUGACCUAGCACUGGCGAGCUCAUACGUUUUUUUCGACGAUGCGAUGUCCUUUGGCCUGAAACCGACAACCAACAAGUUUUCACCCUUUCCGUUCUAUACCAAUGGCUCUACAGACACAAGCGCAGAUCUCUUCAUGGAGAACGAGCCGAACUCGAAAGCAACUCUGCCCUUAGGAAUGAACUCAACUUUCUUGAACUACCUCGUCGACUCCGCCCAAGCUUCUUCUAGGACGUAUGGACUCUGGGUUGGAUCCGAAUCCGAAGAAACACCACAAGAUGGCCUGCUCAUUAUAGGAGGUUACGACGAAAGCAGGCUCAAGAGCGCUGCAACUACCUUUCCUAUGUUCUCGGAUUGUCCAACAUGCGCCAUCCUCACAGCUAUAACGUACGAUGUUGGCGGUAAGAGUACCAGCCUUUUCUCGGAAACCACGGACACUCUCGUCGUACAUCUCGACCCUUUUUCCUCAGAUCUUAAACUCCCAGCACAGAUGCUACAAAAUUUGGCGAGCGCAGAAAAGACUGCCGUGUGGAACGAAACAUCACGUCGUUUCGAACUUCCCGCCGCGACGGCUCCCGUGGGUACCAUCACCAUUACCAUCUCUGAUACGGGUGUGCCACUCAAAGACGCAUCCAAACCUUCAGUUCCCACGUACAAAACAGUCAUUCCGGCAAGUGAGCUCUACAAUCGGCCACGGGCGUAUAAUGCUGCAGGUGUGCUAGAAGUGGAUAACGCUACUGUGUACAACAUGGCCGUGACAAAUCAAACAGGUCCAAUUAUGCUUGGAACCUUGGGUCUCCCUUUCUUCACUCAAAACUACCUUGUGGUCGACCCUGAUGCACAGAACUUCCAACUGGCGCCCGCAGUCGUCGCACCAGCCGACCCCAAGGGCGCGGACGCAAAGAUCAAGCAGGUGUGUCGUGUCUCGCCCAUCACAAAGCAGAAGUCCCAAGUUGCCCUCCUAGCCGGAGCGAUUGUCGGUUCCAUAGUUGGUACGCUCCUUCUCGUCGGCCUGGUCUUGUACAUCCUUAGGCGUAAACAGCAUGCCAAUCCACGGCGCUCCCGCGGCGAAAGCGAAGCAGCAAUCACGGCAUCGGCCAAUCCGCUCUCCGAACAUGUCCGCUCACGAAGUUCUUCGGCGAACAAAAGCCUAGAGUUGCCGCUUCAGGCUCCACAUCCUUCUGUCAUAGCGUUGCGCGAUAGCACUACAUUUCGCUCUGCUUUUCCUAACCGCGCAAUGAGUAAUCGAAGCGGGCGAAACGACAACCAUAAAGAAAAUCCACGAAGAGACCUGGUGCAUGACGUGUUUCAGAAGGUGGACGAGGAGAAUGAUGGGAGGUUAUUGAAUGAAAGACCAAUGGGACUAAGUGAGACCAUCCAUUCGAGCAAAACCUUACCUCGAAUAGCGGCAGAACACAAGGUCUAG